AGCAGACUUGGGCACUUGUUACACACACACACACACACAUACAGAGAGAGAAAACUCAAAAACAUGGAGAAGAAAAAUGAAGAAACAGCUCCAAAAAAUGAUGAUGGGGAGACUCAAAUUCAUUACAAAGGCUGGAAAGCCAUGCCUUUUGUCAUAGGGAAUGAGACUUUUGAGAAGCUGGGAGCUAUUGGAACAUUAGCAAACCUUUUGAUUUAUUUGACUUCAGUCUUCAAUAUGAAGAGUAUAACAGCUGCAACUCUUCUUAGUGUCUUCAAUGGCAGCACUAAUUUAGUCACUUUGGUUGGAGCUUUCCUUUGUGAUACUUACUUUGGUCGCUAUAAAACCUUGGGAUUUGCUAUUGUAGCCUCUUUCUUGGGGUUGCUUGUAAUUCAUCUCACAGCAGCAUUUAAGAACUUGCAUCCACCUCACUGUAUACAAGAUUUGUGUAAAGGGCCAUCGCCAGGGCAGAUGACUUUUCUGUUGGUUGGAUUUGGCUUUAUGAUAAUUGGAGCUGGCGGCAUUAGACCAUGUAAUUUGGCCUUUGGAGCUGAUCAGUUUAAUCCAAAUACAGAAGCUGGGAAGAAAGGGAUCAAUAGUUUCUUCAAUUGGUAUGUUUUCACUUACACUUUUGCAAUGAUGGUGUCAUUGACAGUCAUUGUGUAUGUGCAAACCAAUGUCAGCUGGGCUCUGGGAUUGGGAAUUCCAGCAAUUCUUAUGCUGAUUGCUUGUAUACUCUUCUUUGUGGGUUCUAAAAUCUAUGUGAAAGUGCAAGCCACUGGCAGUCCAAUGACCAGCGUUGCACAAGUUCUAGUGGUUGCUAUUAAGAAAAGAAAACUCAAGCAACCAGAACAACCAUGGCUUUCUCUCUUCGACUACACACCUCCUGGAUCCAUUAACUCCAAACUUUCCUAUUCAGAUCAGUUCAGAUUUCUAGACAAAGCAGCAAUCAUAACAGCAGAAGACCAAAUAAAGGAGGAUGGAUCAGCAGCAGAUCCAUGGAGACUUUGCAGUAUGCAACAAGUGGAAGAAGUGAAGUGUUUGGUGAGAGUGCUACCAGUAUGGUUAACAGGAGUUCUAUUCUUUGUUGCUCAGUCCCAACAACAAACUUAUGCAGUAUUUCAAGCCGUUCAAUCAAACAGGCGUCUAGGAAACUUCACAAUCCCAGCAGCAUCCUACACAGUCUUUGCAAUGCUAAGCCUUAGCAUUUGGCUCCCCAUUUACGAUCGAAUCGUAGUCCCUUUCCUUCAAAAAGUUACCAAAAAAGAAGGUGGAAUCACCAUUCUCCAAAGGCAAGGGAUUGGAAUAUUUUUGUCCACAAUGACAAUGCUUUUGUCUGGAAUAGUUGAAGAUAGAAGAAGAGCAAUUGCCCUUACAAAGCCAACAAUGGGAAUUGAGCCACGAAAAGGGGCAAUUUCAUCGAUGUCGGCCUCAUGGCUGAUUCCUCAGCUGACAUUAUAUGGAUUGGCUGAUGGGUUUGGGGCAGUGAGCCAAUUGGAAUUUUAUUACAAGCAAUUCCCAGAGAAUAUGAGGAGCAUUGGAGGGUCAAUGUUCUUUUGUGCCAUUGCAGGUGGGAGCUAUUUGAAUGGACUGUUGAUAAUACUGGUUCAUAGAAUGAGCAACGGAUCUAAGUAUGGAGAUUGGUUGCCUGAGGAUCUCAAUAAGGGGAGAUUGGAUUACUUUUAUUACUUCCUUACUGGUAUUGAGUUAGUUAAUCUGUGCUACUUUCUAGUUUGUGCAAAGUGGUAUAAGUACAAAGGGGCAACUCAAAAUGCCUCUGAAAUUCACUUGAUAUCAAAAGAACCAGAGAAAAAUAGUGUUUGAUAUAUAUAUACACACGUAUAUACAUACAUACAUACAUACAUACAUACAUAUAUAUAUAUAUAUAUAUAUAUAUAUAUAUAUCAGCAGGGCUUAAAUAAUGAGCUAAUCAACCUUGUUUUCAGAUGGAGUAGAUUUUGAACUUGGGGUUGUUAAAGCAAAAAAAAAUUAUGUAUAGAACUUAUAAUGCAUAAAUUAUUGACAGUGGCAUGACAGGGUAGGGUAGAUGUUACAAAACCAGGUUCUGUGAUUGUGGAGGGCAUUCCUUGUUUGAAUUUGAUCCACACAAAGCAAGAAGAAAUGGAAAUGAAGAGAGGAAAAUUCUGAGUUUUGUAUUCGGUUUAAGGUUUCCUUCUGAAGCUUCAAGGCCACAAACUUUGAUGGGAGAAUGAAUAGGAAUAUUACUAUAAAAUAUAAAUGAACAUGUGAAUGGAUAGAGUGAGACUUUUCAAAACUUUACGAGUAUUCCAUAGAACAAUGGCCUAUACGUUUAUCAUUUAUCCGUAAUGUAGUUUUAUAAAAGUAUGAUAUUGUCCACUUUGAACAUAAA